GGGGGAGCGAGCGUUGUGUGAGGAUGAGCCCUGCUGCUGCUUCUCCAUCCUCCUCUGCGCUCUCCGAUCGGCGAGCUGUGGAAUAGGCGUGUUUCUGUUUUUCAAACGCAGAAAAACGCACAGAAAACCUAACUUCAAGACUGACUGGUACCAGAUUAUUGUGCUGUCCUCUUCUAUAUAAAACAUGGAGCACCGUUUUCUGAUGAGACUGUGGUGAGACCAGUGCAGCCCUGUCACGCCCACAGCGCCCCCUUUCGGCCCGGACGGCCCACCACGCCCCGGCGCCUAUGAAAGGGUACCAUGUCAGCCGCAGCAUGUCUCAGCAUUCCUCUGGUGGUGGCGGAGGAGGCCCAUGCCACUGUGCGCCGGAUGACUGCGAUGGCCCAGGCAGAGAUUACUACCCAGGUCGCAGCGAUGGGCACUAUUACUCGGGUGGUCCAACUGAGGCAUUGGCACUGGAGAGGCAUCACUCCCACUCUCACUCACAUGCACAUUCACACUCCCAUAGCCAUUCUGGCACCUUCCCUCGCUCACACCCCAGCCAGCAUCCUCCACUCCAGUCGUUUGACUCUUGUGAGGAAUGCAUGUCUUCAGGCCAUGGUGGGAAGAUGCAUCGCAUUCCUCCGAACUUAAUAGAUCAGUUUGAGAAGCAGGGUCCCUUCCAUCCAGAUGGCUUCCAUACCCUACAGUACCAGCGCUCUGCAAGUGGAGGCGCUGAGCAUCGUAGCGAGAGCCCAUCGCGUAUCCGCCACUUGGUCAACUCAGUGCAACGCCUCUUUGCCAAGUCCCAUUCCCUUGAAGCACCUACCAAACGGGAGUACAAUGGCAUGAGGGGAGGUGCAGAGUAUCGAGGUGACAGAGGAGGGGGGCACAGAAGUGCAGGGGAGGACCUCCACAACUCAGGCCACCAGUCUCGCUCAACCAGAAGAAGCAAGUCUCGGGAGCGGAGCAAAAGUGGAGACUCUCGGCACGAAUCGGGACGGCGCCACCGCAGCAGAACAGCUGGAUGGUGGAGCUCUGAUGAUAACCUGGAUAGUGAUAGCAGUUUCUUGGUCAGUGGGGGCAGACGGGGGUAUCCCACUGGACAUGAGAGUCUUGAUGCUGCCAUUCAAGAGCUAACCAUGAAGAAACCAAAGGACCGUGGCGGGGGACCGGGGUCUGGAGAGUGCAUGGCAUGUACCACGAUAGCCCUGGCAGGUGGCGAGGGUGGUGGUCACCAUGGGCACCACGGUCACUCCCUGAAGCGAAGCACCUGGUCAGCCAUGACAGUGAGUCAAGCCAGAGAGGUUUAUCCAACCACCAGAGAAGGAGGUUAUGAUAAAGCCUUGGUGCCCAUAGAGAACAAGCUGAAGGAACGAUCGUUCCACUAUUUGCAGUGUUUCUCCAGCUGUCAGAGUUUCUCUCUCUCUGUCCCUUCAGAAGACUGGGGAGGCAGGUAUGGUGGAUCAGCAGACAGCGGAGGGGAGAUUCCAUGCCGCCGAAUGCGCAGCGGCAGCUACAUCAAGGCCAUGGGUGAUGAUGACAGCGCAGAUUCAGAGACGAGCCCUAAAGCCUCACCCAAAUCCACCAUGAUCGCCCAGAGGGAUGCCUUCAGACGGUCUAUAAGCAUGGAUCCAAGGUACUCCUGUAAGCAGUGCACGGAUUCCAUCCCGAACAGCAGAGCACCACCCAAAAGCCACACUCGCUCUCGUAGUUACACACGUUCUCUUACCAGCUCACAGCUGGGAGAAACAUUGAACCAUCAGUUCGAGACGGUCUGUGAAACCAUGUUUGGGGAGGUGGAGUCCCAGGCUGUCGAAGCUCUCGAUCUUCCCGGCGUGUUCCGCACUCGCAGUCACAGCUACGUGCGCGCCAUCCAGGCCGGCUGCUCCCAGGACGACGACUGCCUUUCAGUCUUUUCCAUGUCCGGCCCCCAGGGGAGCAUCAAGGGUGGGGCCGUCUGUCCCUUCUUCUUUCCUUAUCGUAAAGGUGCUCCUCCCCCACUACCACCUCGCAUGUCAAAGUCUUCUCUGUCGGUGCGAGCUCAAAGCAGUACCGAGUCCACCCAGGACGCCUACUUCCAGAGCGGCGGACAAAUGACUCAAGGCCCAGGGCGUCCCAAGCAGCACAGCAACUCUGUAGACCUCGGUGGCCCCGAUGGGCCCUCUGGGCGAACCUCUAGGGGGAGCUAUUACACAUCAAGUGGCCCAGGACGUUCCCGUCAGCACAGUAACUCUGCUGAGAGCCUGGAUGGGGUCAGGGGUUCCAGGGAGCUGGUGCCCUAUGGAGGGGGUCCGGGAGUGAGGGCCAAACAUAGCUGCUCAGCAGACAGCCUGCUGGAGGGGCCACCGAGGCCAGCAAGAGAAAGGGACAGCAGGGUUGGUGGCAGGCUGGGGAAGUCGUCCUCCCUACCUCAGAACAACAUGAUACUGAGCAAAGUCGGAGGGCAGGAUGACGGACGUGGGGGCAGGAAGUGGAGGCCGUCCAUCGCUGUGCAGGUGGACAGCUCAGAGACUCUGUCAGAUUCAGACACAGAGGGAAAGACUCUCACUGAGGUUCACUCUAUAGGAGUCCAAGUGGAAGAUGAGAAAAGGCGGGCACAAUUCAAACGCUCCAACAGCGUGACAGCGAGCGUCCAGGCCGACCUGGACCCAGAGGGCUUCCCAGGGCUUAGCAUUGCUGUUCCAACGCAGGACAAGAGUCUUCAGUUUGGCUGCUCCUUCCAGAGGCAUUCAUCAGAGCCCGAGUCUGCAUCGCAGUACACAGAGUGCCACCGCACUGUCCACACACAGGGCCAAUGGGCUUACAGAGAGGACCUUAUUCAGGGUAACUACGCCGCUGAAGUAGACACAAGGUCCCACCAGCACCCGCACUUGCCUCCCCGCUCCCACUCCCCUCUGCCGAUUACCUCAGAGCGAGCCUGGACGGCGACACCGUCCUUGGAGGGCCCGCGCAGCCUCCCAGACUCAGGUCGGGCCUCGCCCUGUAUGAGGGACGGCGAGUUCUUCCUAAGACUCCUGCAGACGGAGGUGGAAAGGAUGGAAGGCUGGUGCCAGAACAUGGAGCGGGAGGCUGAAGAGAAUGAACUUCCAGAAGAGGCUCUUGAGCUGAUUCGAAAUGCGGUUGGCAGCGCCCAGAUGCUCAUGUCUCAAAAGGUCCAGCAGUUCUUCCGCCUCUGUCAACAAAGUAUUGACCCAUCUGCCUACCCCCAGCCCACGUCGCAGGACCUGGCGUCCUUCUGGGACCUGCUGCAGCUCAACAUAGAAGACGUAAGGGUUAGGUUUCAGGACCUCCAGAAGCUCAAGGACUCUGGGUGGAGGCUCCCACCUGAAAAGAAGGAGGAUAAGAAACUUCCUCCACCCUUACCAAAGAAGCCUGCAGGAGGGGUAAGCGGCAGCCUGCGGGCCGAUAGCGUGGGAGACGGGGUUUCCGGGAGUGCAGGAGUUGGCUAUGGGGGGCUGGUGGUGCCACGCCUCGGAGGUCACACCCUCCCCAUCAGGGAGAAAUCCCUGGACCUCGGAGACCGCCAGAGGACAGAGGCACGAAGGAGGCUGCUGCAGACCAAGCGUACCGCCUCCUUCAGGCAGAACUCGGCCACCGAAAGCGCCGACAGUAUCGAGAUCUACAUCCCCGAAGCCCAGACUCGGCUCUGAACCCGCAACGCCCUCAUCCCCGUAAUGCUUUGGAUCUUCUGCGAGUCAUUGCUGUUUAUACGCUACAACACAGCCACUCUUCACCCUCGGCACUUCCCAUCGAGUCCUGCUUUCUUAUACUAUUACUAAACAAGCAAUGACAGCCAUUUUAGUGUCUUGAAAUUGAAACCACUUUACCGAGACAAAGGCCUACACCUUAAAUGGUAUCUAGCCGAAGACGUUUUUACUUCCUUCUUAGUCAGAGUUUCUUUUUUUUUAAAUAUAUAUAUAUUCACUCUGGUCGAAACGAGUCGGUUCACUUUUCUAAAAGUAUCAAGCAGAGGAUCACGCAGUAGCAUGCCUGUGCGUGUUCACCUAGCACAAAAAGGGCUUAACAGGCAGUAGACCUCUGAAGAAAUUCUCCCCAUGAUGCCAUUCUGCAGCAAAACCAACUCUACUUGUGGGCUUUCAUUGAUAUCAGUGCACCUAAGUCAAGAUCUAUUGAUUUCUGAGCAUUCUCAGUUUGCCCCAAAGAGCCUCUCUCAAGAAAUGAUAUCAAACACUGAAUCCUUAAUCCCUCUUUCCAUCUGUCAGCACAAGCACAAAGUAUAACAUGGAACUAUUUUGCAUCUUUUACUGUCAAUAGUUUUAACCCACCUAUCUAUCGACUAACCUCAGCAUCCAGCAGCGUGGCUCUCCGAAUGUGCAAUAGCUGUGUGUGUGUUUUUGCCAAAAGGAGCUUUAACAGUGUAGCAUCACAGACAAAACAAGAAAAAAA